CAGUCUGCUACUCAGUCGUCUGACCAGGCAGUUAACAGAGGAGAGAGCUCAGCAACUGGAAAGAAAAUAGAAGGAGAAAGAGAGAAUUAUUCUCAUGACUUUCUGUCUUUCAGUAUGAAAGUUUGUUUCUCUAAGAGAGGUUCCUCUGAUUCUGAGUUUUAACUGGACUUUCUGCUUCCUCUGUGUUGUUAUCUGUGGACACUCUCCGGACAUUCCUUUGGAAUUUCCUCGGACCGCACCGCGAGGAUCUAGUGUGUUUGUGUGUUCGCUGGGCCAUGCCCGCCACUGGUGGCCGGUCAUCCAGCGCCAGGGGUACAUCAUUAAAAGGGGGGCACCUCCACAGGGGCUGUGCCUGCCAACACUUAUUCCGUAAAGUCCUGAUCAAGUGUGGCUGCUGCUAUGCCUGGGUCAGAGACUCAUACUCGGCUGCAGGCAGCGAGGGUAGCAUCUCCACCUCCGUGGCGUCCCUGCCUCCGACCCUGACGGUUUCCUGUAGCUCUGCCCCCAGCUCCCCAGGCUCGCGACGUUCCGUAAGCACCUUGAAGAAGUGGCUGACCAAUCCAGUCCGCAAGCUCAGCGCUGGGGCCGUCAACAUCUCAGCCAGCUCCAAGGGGGAGCGGCAGGUCAGGAAGUUGGAUGGGGGAAGCAAAUCCCCUCCUCCUAUUCCCCCUUCUAGGCAGAGUCAUGACCUGGGCCUGGGCCUGGGCCUGGGAGGGCUGGGGCUUGGCAGACCCCUAGGAUCAGAGGACCACCUCACCACUAUACUACCCAUCACACACAAAGAGAUGGAGUGCAGGUAUAGGUUGGCCAGUCCUGAGGAGCUUUCCUCAGCAACCCUAAACUCUCCCAGCUACUUGUCUGACUCACUACAGGGCUGUAUUGCACUUGCCUACACACAGGAUACUCAGUCCACCAAUGUCUGUCCAGAUGACAACGUCUCAGUAUUGAUGGACAACACCCCCAGCCAAUCAUCAGCGGCUGACAGUGAGGAGGAGAGGAGGAGUGCCUUAGAGAAGAGCAUGUACGUACUGAAGGAACUCCUAGAGACAGAGAAAGUGUAUGUGGAAGACCUGGGGUGCAUAGUAGAGGGCUACAUGGUCACUAUGACUAGUAAAGGUAUACCAGCCGACAUGAAGGGAAAAGACAAGAUCGUGUUCGGAAACAUUCAUCAAAUUUUCGACUGGCAUAAAGACUACUUCAUGGGCGAGCUGGAGAAAUGUAUAGCAGAACCAGAGAGACUGGCCCAACUUUUCAUAAAGCAUGAGAGGCGUCUCCACAUGUACGUGGUUUAUUGUCAGAAUAAACCCAAGUCGGAACACAUUGUCUCUGAGUACAUCGAGACCUACUUCCAGGAGCUGAGACAACAUCUGGGUCACAGACUACAACUCAACGACCUGCUGAUCAAACCAGUCCAGAGGAUCAUGAAGUACCAGCUGCUGCUUAAGGACUUCCUCAAGUAUUACACCAAAGCUGGGAUGGACACAGAAGAACUGGAGAAAGCGGUAGAGGUGAUGUGCUUUGUGCCCAAACGCUGCAAUGACAUGAUGAACGUGGGACGCCUGCAGGGCUUUGAGGGUAAGAUCACUGCGCAGGGGAAGCUGCUCCAGCAGGACACCUUCACAGUGAUGGAACAGGACAGCAGCUUUCUGUCCCGAGCCAAGGAGAGGCGGGUCUUCCUGUUUGAACAGCUGGUCAUCUUCAGCGAGCCAAUCGACAGGAAGAAAGGGUUCUCACUUCCUGGUUACACCUUCAAGAGCAGCAUCAAGGUGAGCUGUCUGGGUGUGGAGGCUCCAGUGGAGGGGGAGGUGGACCGCCUGGUGCUGACGUCACGGGGAACUGAUGGGAGCGUGGUACGCUAUGUGCUGCAGGCCGCCUCCCCAGAGGUCUGCAGGGCCUGGGUCCAUGAUGUGGGACAGAUCCUGGAGACCCAGAGGAACUUCCUCAAUGCCCUCCAGUCUCCCAUUGAGUACCAGCGGAGGGAGAGUAACAGCAAGUCCAACAGCCUGGGCCGGAGCAUGAGAGCCCCCCUGUCUGCGGCCAGCGGCCCCCUGCGCCCCCACUCUUCAGCCUCCAUCGACCGCCAGUGCCUGCCCUGCCUCCUGUCGUACAACACCUCCCUCCCCACCCUCUACCUGCCCAGCCAGGGGGGAACCUGCCCCCAGGGACCUGGCGAAACAAACACACCCCAGGAGUCUCCUCUGGUCAGUAGGAACUCCCAGACAACAGUCUCUCAGUCUCACAUCCAGCUAGCCUUCACUGAGCAGUCUGGCCUGUCUCACUACUCCAGGACCCAAACCCCCCUGCAGUGCCAAGCUGUGUCCAACGGGCUGUAUAGCACACAGCAGAGAGCAGGAGAGGGCUGCCGUAGCAGAGCGCUGCCUGGUGAGGCUGGACCUCCUCCUGUAUCCAUCUCUGGUCCCUCGGCUGGACGGCGCUCCAGCAACCUGGCCCAGCUCAAUGAAGAUGACCUAUGAACCGUGACCGAUAGGAGGAAAACUGAGAGGUCAUGGACCUCCACAGCUAGUGCAGAGAGAAGCAGGGGACCUCAUCUAGGCCUAACGUCUGUUGAUGCUAUUGUAACUUUAGGGAACUUUUGAAGAUGGAUGGAUGACUCUCUUUAUGGAGCAAGGACUAGAUGGAGGCUGCUUUUUCAGACUGUUACAGGAUGGUUCACUGGCAUCAUGAGAAAAAUAUCCCAGGAUUCUAAUGGAAUAUACAGUAUGGGCUGAAAUGAUAAACAGUCAUUAGAUCAUUGAUCAUGUGAUGCCAGGUUGAAGACGUGUAGCACCCAGACAGAUGAUGCGAUGGCUGACUGUAUGAAGAAAACUCUAUGGACAUCAGGUAUUAUGGGGACUGAUGACUUUGCUUGUUUUAUUGUUAGAGAAUUUCUAUACAGUAUCUUCUGUACUGUCUAUCUACAGGCCAGGGAUUUCUUCACAUGGAAAUGCCAUGGGGGGGUUACUGGAGAAGUGUGUACAUACUGCAUGUCGGUAAAAUGCGUUUGUGCGUGUGUACAGGAUAGGCGGUUGCUCUUCUUGUGCCAACAUGCAGAUUAAAGAACUCCACCCUGAAGAGAAAAGGAGUGUAGAUCUGAACGACUCUUUCUCUCAGCUCUCUCACACUGCUGGAUUCUUCUAUCCCUCCUUUAUAAAGACAACUAUUUGUAUUUUCAGGCCAUUGUUGAAACAUGUCAUCAUUCCUCCACUCGACGGGGCCUACAGUACACUAUGUUGCUUUAGUAGACAUUGAGGAGAGAGGGGAUGCCAGCUAGAUUAAUACAUUUGAUCUGUACAUAUGUAGAAGUUUGGAUUAAUCUGUUAUAGAAAAUAGCUUUUCUGCUCCUGUCGCAGUGUUUCAAAAAAGACGAGAAUGAGAGGACUCCCAUGUUCUCUUUUUCAGUUUGACCGAAGCUGGCUCUUGUUUGAUCUGAAUAUUCCACAAUAGAAAGGGGCGAGGGAGCCCCCUGGAGGCACUCUGCAGGCGUGGCAUCACUCAGUCUCAGUCUUUCCUCAGAUUCAGAUACAGAUGGAUUCCUAGGUAAGUUCUCAAUCACAUACACCUCACAUCCUCUCUCCUCAUCUCAAUCUCAAACCCCAUUGGUGGAAAUGUUCAGAGGGCAUGGACCUCUGGCUUUCUCAUCCAAUUAGUUGUGAGAAAGAGAAGAAGAGAGAGGACGGAAGGAGUGUGUAAUUGAGGUCUUCCCCUUGUGUCCGUUGCCUAAAUCCUUUCGCUAAACGUCAGAGAGAAAGGGGAGAAUUAUAAGAGAUGAGGAGAGGAUGGGAGGAGAGGAAGGAAUCGAGCCAGGACUAUGAAGAUGUGGCCAGAGAAAUGGCCAUACCAAUGCUUGGGGAUAGAGACCAACUGAUUUUUCAAAUGUAUAUUUUCUUGACGUCCUCUAGGUACGUCCUAGGAGACAUUAAUGGGUUGUGUUGAAAUAUGAAAUAAGAUGUCACACAGUCGUCUGUCAGUUAAGUCCAAUGUUGAUGUGCCACAGCUUUCUGCUGUAUUUAAUCAUCUGGCUUUUGCUAAUGCACACUACUACACACCAUACUGUUGGCUCGAGCUUACAUCUAUUCUUCUAGAUAAAGGAGGACAGUUUAGAGACCGCUAACUACUUGGGUUAUUGUGUCAGUUGACAUUAUGGAUAAAAAGUUCUGCAUCCUCUGUCCACAUCAAAAUAAGAUGUGUGAAAAAACGGACGUUUUUGAGACGUCAAAUACCUCAGUACGUAUUGCCACUACAAUAUUAUUACCAACUGUUGUGUUUAACACAUCAAAUACAUGUAGUUGUGAUGUUGUGCAUUUCCACUCCCAACCUUUCCUCCUAUUAAUCAAAGCAAAUUACUGUAAACAGAGACAAUAAGAGAAGAGUCUGACAUCUAGCAUGUCCGCUUUUGGUUAAUUCCUCUCUAUGACCAGUAAGGCUUCCACAUCCAGAUAGUAGCCUAACAAGACGUCUGCACCAAAGAUCAAUGGCUUCGAGUUGCAAUGGUACCUCUAGCUAAAUCUAUUUCAAAUAUCAGCACGGAGGAGAGCCCUACCGUGACUGUUUCAAUUCAGAACACCAUCUCAUACAAACCCAGAGUACUCCAUGACUACGGGGUGCCGUUUGUAAAGUUAAACAGUGAAGACUGUCAUAUUUCAAUGGCAAUUUUUGAUCUAGCAGUUUGUGCAUGUGACUUAAAUAUGAAGGAAUACCAGUCCUGAAAUGAAUAUAGACUAAAGAGCGGAGAUAUGGGUUAUAAAGAUGACAUAUUUGACGGAAUAGAAUCUGUUGUAUUAUAUUAAAUAAAGUGAACUUUUUAAUUAAGAAUUGCCUAUUUUUAUGUAUUUU